CUGACUUCUGACACCAACCCCCCAAACAGACUAAAGAACGACGACCAACGGCCACCGGGCACCGGAUCUCCGUCCACGAAACCUCCAUUAAGUUCUUCUUCAUUUUUCAGUACAGGUACGAGAGGUUUGUGUUCGUAGACGCAGUAGUGGUGAUCCGAGGAAAUUUAGGCUGACAUAUCAAGGUUGUGUAGGGUGGGGCUCAGUCAGGUUGCAGGUUGCAGGUUGCAAUUGUGUAUAGUGGCAUAGCAUUGGUAAUAGAUAUAUAAUUGGACCGAGGCAAGACCAUAAUUUUAAAAUGGGGCGAUUAAAGCUGCAGCCUGGAAUUAAGGCAAUUGAAGAAGAACCAGAAGACUAUGAGAACACUGCUUCUGAGAGGGAUAAAGCUGCUUUGGGAUGCAUGAUUAACUCUGAAAUUGGUGCUGUGUUGGCUGUCAUGAGAAGGAACGUAAGAUGGGGAGGUCGUUACAUGUCAGGUGAUGAUCAGCUGGAGCACUCUCUCAUCCAGUCCCUGAAGGCAUUGCGGAGGCAAAUUUUUUCUUGGCAACAUCCAUGGCAUACCGUCAAUCCUGCUGUCUAUCUACAGCCAUUUUUGGAUGUGAUUCGGUCUGAUGAAACUGGUGCACCAAUUAGAGGUGUUGCUUUGUCGUCUCUUUAUAAGAUCUUAAGUCUGGAUGUGCUUGAUCUGAACACUGUUAAUGUCGAGGAUGCCAUGCACUUGGUAGUUGAUGCUGUGACAAGCUGUAGGUUUGAGGUCACUGAUCCAGCAUCUGAAGAAGUAGUCCUCAUGAAGAUCCUCCAAGUUCUACUUGCUUGCAUGAAAAGCAAAGCAUCAGUUAUGCUGAGUAAUCAACAUGUUUGUACCAUUGUGAACACAUGUUUCCAUGUGGUUCAUCAAGCAGGAACGAAAGGUGAGUUGUUGCAGCGGAUGGCUCGCCACACUAUGCAUGAACUUGUGAGGUGUAUUUUUUCACAUCUUCCUGAUGUCGACACCACGGAACAUACAUUUAUCAAGGGAAACAACACUGCCAAACAAGAGGUCAGUGGGUUGCCUGGUGAUUAUCCUUUUGGGGGUAAGCAAUUGGAAAAUGGUAAUGGUGGUUCUGAACUUGACUCUCGAGCACCCUCUGCAAAUUUUGUGUCAAAUGUUACUGGUGGCAUGGUUCCUGCGAUGGAUGAAAACAUAGUGGUCCCUGGUAAUGGCAAGGAUACCGUUUCAUACGAUUUAAAUUUGAUGACAGAACCGUAUGGGGUGCCUUGCAUGGUGGAAAUAUUUCAUUUUUUAUGUUCACUGCUAAAUGUUGUUGAACACAUGGCAAUAGGUCCAAGAGCAAACACCAUAGCUUUUGAUGAAGAUGUGCCACUUUUUGCGUUGGGUUUGAUCAAUUCGGCAAUCGAAUUGGGUGGCACCGCUAUACGUCGACACCCCAGAUUAUUGAGUUUGGUGCAAGAUGAGCUGUUCCGUAAUCUGAUGCAAUUCGGCUUGUCGACAAGCCCUCUAAUUCUUUCAAUGAUAUGCAGCAUUGUUUUAAACCUAUAUCAUCAUUUGCGUACUGAGCUCAAACUACAGCUUGAAGCUUUUUUUUCCUGUGUGAUCUUAAGGCUUGCACAAAGCAGGUAUGGGGCUUCUUAUCAGCAGCAAGAGGUUGCUAUGGAGGCACUUGUUGACUUUUGCAGGCUGAAAUCUUUCAUGGUGGAGAUGUAUGCCAACCUGGAUUGUGAUAUAACAUGCAGCAAUGUGUUUGAAGACCUUGCUAGUUUGUUGUCUAAAAGUGCAUUCCCUGUAAACUGCCCUCUAUCUGCAAUGCAUAUUCUCGCUUUAGAUGGUUUGAUUGCUGUGAUUCAGGGGAUGGCUGAGAGAAUAAGCAAUGCGUCAGUUAGUUCUGAAUCAGUAAAUCUCGAAGAAUAUACGCCUUUCUGGAUGGUUAAGUGUGACAAUUAUAGUGAUCCUGAUCAUUGGGUUCCAUUUGUACGCAGGAGAAAAUACAUAAAAAAGAGGCUGAUGAUUGGAGCUGAUCAUUUUAAUAGAGAUCCUAAGAAAGGGCUAGAGUUUCUUCAAGGAACACAUCUCUUGCCUGACAAACUCGACCCCCAGAGCGUGGCCUGCUUCUUCAGGUACACUGCUGGCUUAGAUAAGAAUCUUGUUGGGGAUUUUCUGGGAAAUCAUGAUGAGUUUUGUGUUCAAGUUCUUCAUGAAUUUGCUGGAACUUUUGAUUUCCAAGACAUGAACAUGGAUACUGCAUUACGACUUUUUCUGGAGACGUUUAGGCUGCCAGGAGAAUCACAAAAGAUACAAAGAGUGCUCGAAGCGUUCUCUGAGAGAUACUAUGAGCAAUCGCCACAGAUCCUUGCUAACAAGGAUGCUGCUCUUUUGUUGUCAUAUUCUUUGAUUAUGCUUAAUACAGAUCAGCACAAUGUCCAAGUUAAGAAGAAAAUGACAGAGGAGGACUUUAUAAGAAAUAACCGGCACAUCAAUGGUGGCAACGAUCUCCCUCGAGUUUUCUUGUCUGAGCUUUAUGAUUCAAUCUGCAAAAAUGAAAUACGCACUAUCCCUGAUCAAAGUGCUGCUUUCCCUGAAAUGAAUCCUAGCCGUUGGAUUGAUUUAAUGCAUAAGUCCAAGAAAACUGCUCCAUUCAUUGUGUCUGAUUCAAGGAGUCACCUUGACCGUGAUAUGUUUGCUGUGAUGUCUGGCCCAACAAUUGCUGCUAUCUCUGUAGUAUUUGACUGUGCUGAGCUUGAAGAUGUGUUCCAAACCUGUAUCGAUGGGUUCCUAGCUGUUGCAAAAAUCUCAGCCUGCCAUCAUCUUGAAGAUGUCCUGGAUGAUCUGGUCGUUUCUCUCUGCAAGUUCACCACCCUUUUGAACUCCUCAUCUCCUGAGGAACCAGUUCUAGCCUUUGGUGAUGAUCCAAAAGCCAGGGUGGCAACUAUAACAGUAUUCACCAUUGCCAAUAGGUAUGGUGACUUCAUACGGGCUGGCUGGAGGAAUAUUCUUGAUUGCAUCUUGAAGCUGCACAAGCUUGGCCUUCUUCCUGCUCGAGUGGCUAGUGAUGCAGCUGAUGAUUCAGAGCUUUCUUCUGAACCUGGACAGGGGAAGCCUCUAACGAAUUCUUUAUCCUCUGCCCACAUGCCGUCUGUUGGUACUCCAAGGAGGUCCUCUGGGCUAAUGGGCCGUUUCAGUCAACUCUUAUCUCUCGACACAGAGGAACCUAGACUGCAACCCACUGAGCAACAACUUGCUGCUCAUCAACGCACUCUUCAGACAAUUCAAAAGUGUCAUAUUGAUAGCAUUUUCACUGAGAGCAAGUUUCUUCAAGCUGACUCUUUGUUAAACCUUGCUAGGGCACUCAUCUGGGCUGCUGGGCGCCCUCAGAAGGGUAAUAGUUCUCCUGAGGAUGAAGAUACCGCAGUUUUCUGCCUAGAAUUAUUGAUUGCAAUCACAUUAAACAAUAGGGAUAGGAUUGUGAUUCUUUGGCAGGGUGUUUAUGAACACAUAGCCAACAUUGUUCAAACGACUUUGAUGCCCUGUGCCCUAGUUGAGAAGGCCGUCUUUGGACUUCUAAGAAUCUGUCAGCGGCUUCUUCCUUACAAAGAGAAUCUCGCAGAUGACCUUUUGAGGUCACUUCAGCUUGUUUUGAAACUUGAUGCCCGAGUGGCUGAUGCAUAUUGUGAACAAAUUACUCAGGAAGUGAGCCGUCUUGUGAAGGCAAACGCUUCUCACAUCCGAUCCCAAAUGGGUUGGCGGACAAUUACAUCAUUACUUUCCAUCACUGCCCGACACCUUGAAGCUUCUGAAGUAGGAUUUGAUGCGCUUCUAUUCAUCAUGUCUGACGGGAUCAACUUAAUGCCAUCCAACUUCACCACCUGUGUGGAUGCAGCAAGGCAAUUUGCUGAGUCCCGUGUUGCACAUGCUGACCGGUCCAUUCGUGCCCUUGACCUGAUGUCAGGAUCCAUCGGUUGCCUAACUCAGUGGGCCCAAGAGGCUCAAGAAGCAAUGGGAGAGGCAGAAGCCGCGAAAAUGUGUCAAGAUAUAGGAGAGAUGUGGCUCAGACUUGUGCAAGGACUAAGAAAAGUCUGUUUGGAUCAGAGGGAAGACGUGAGGAACCAUGCUCUCUUAGCGUUGCAAAUGUGUUUGACUGGGGUGGAUGAGGUCCACAUCCAGCAUGGGCUCUGGUUACAAUGUUUUGACAUGGUCAUCUUCACGGUUCUUGAUGACUUGCUAGAAAUCUCCCAAGGACACUCUCAAAAAGACUUUAGAAACAUGGAAGGAACCCUUGUUUUGGCUCUGAAGCUUCUUUCAAAAGUGUUUCUACAGCUGCUUCCCGAGCUCUCUCAGGUAACCACUUUUUGUAAACUAUGGUUAGGCGUUCUUAGCCGUAUGGAAAAAUACUUAAAAGUCAAAGUCAGAGGUAAAAAGAACGAAAAGCUUCAAGAACUUGUCCCCGAGCUUCUGAAGAACACUUUGGUUGUCAUGAAGAACAAGGGAGUGCUGGUGCAAAGAAGCGCCCUCGGUGGAGAUAGCUUAUGGGAACUCACUUGGUUGCAUGUGAAUAACAUCGCUCCAUCCAUUCAAUCCGAUGUUUUCCCAGAUCAAGAUUCCGAACAGAAACAGAAGCCGGUUUCUGCUGAAAAUGAGACAGAAAUCAGAUGAUUCAGUUGCGAUGGGGUGUUGUACAGAAUUCUCAUGUGAUUCUUACACCAUCAGUUGAUUGGCUAUUGUAUACUAAUCGAAGAUCCUCCAGAUGUGGUUGGAAUUGGAUCCGAGAAAUGAAGUGAAAUAGAGCUAACAAAGGGCGUUUUUCGUGAUGGUAUGUAUUUUAAAUGUUGUUUUUUGGCUACUAAUUUUCUUUUCUCUAUGUGUUGGUCUGGAUGUUUGUACAGAACUCAGAUGAGAUGAGGGAGGCCAUUCCGGUAUAAAGAAACUAGCGAUCCAUUCAUCUGAGUUUGAGUUUGUGUUUGCGUUUUCGGGCUUUUAUAGAGGCUUUUUUUCUUAAUGAGAUUCUAUUAAGAAACUAACAUGGAACUUUGUAGUGUAAAUUAGUUAGGUUUAGGGGUUUGUUUAGUACCAUUUGAUAAGAAGGAGACCGAGGAUGGGUGAUGGUGUUUAUGUCAGCAGUUAAUUGCAGUAAAAACUCUGAAUUCUUCCAACUUAAAUAUGUAAAGAAUGUGCUUUACAACAACAUAC